GUGGAGAUGUUCUGGGGGCAUCCCUCCCAACUGAAGGCCCUCUUCUGUGUCGACUGGGUUUUUCAAUGUUGAAGAAAGGAAAUUAAUUGUAAAAAAAAGCAGGAAUGGACAAUACCAAGGAAAUUGCUUUGUGACGUGUGCGAUUCUAUUCCUUUGCGUUGUCAAAGUCUGAACCAGACUUUUUUUUUUACUACUGUUGUGAAACACAUGCGGGCUCGACUAAAUUUAGAAGAUGCAGCAGCUGGCCAAUCAGUCAUAUGGUUAUUUUAGUAGCCGCAUGCUUUAAGAGAUAAAGCAGGCGGGACUGGUAGAGUUGUGUGUGUUUGACUACCGAGGAGCGCAGCUUCAUUUUGUCAUAUCUCAGACUUUUGCUUUUGCUUGGAAUAAUAACACGUCGACGAUGGAAGCAAGUGACAAAGAAGCACGAAAUGAAACAAAAGAUUCAUCACAGUCAUUAAAUGUAAAUGUGACACUCGAUACUGAUGCUGAGCUCACAGCGAGGAAUAUCCAGUCAUCCACUUCUGCUGUCGACGAAGCACAGCCCACCGUGUCAGUUGAAAACAGCAAACAGAAAUCUAAAGACCAGUCUAGCACUGAUCCAGCAAACGAAGGCGCUUUAAAACCAAAACUUCAGCUAACUUUUACCACUUUCACUGUUAAAAAUGGUGAAGAGUUAAAGGUAGAGAUACCAGUUCUUGGGAAUCCCGCCCUGAAGAUCGAAUGGAAACGAGAUGGACAGGCAGUCAAAGAAACAUCCAGGCUGGAGAUCUCAACCACAUCAUCAUCGACAGUUCUUCAUAUCCGACACGCUGCUAGGGAGCACGCUGGCCAAUACUCCAUCAUGGCAAGCAACGAUGCCGGAAGCGAUGCAGGACAAAUCACAGUGGUAGUUCUCGAAAAGCCUGACCCACCUACCGGACCUGUGAGAAUCGAUGAGGUCAGUUCUGACUAUGUGUCCAUCUCAUGGGAUCCCCCAGAGUACACUGGUGGCUGUCAGCUUGACAAUUACAUUGUGGAGAAACGUGAAAUUACUAGCAUGGAAUGGCAAACAGUAUCAGCCACAACAGUACGAACCACCAUCAAAGUCACUAAACUAAAAACAGGAAGUGAAUAUCAGCUCAGAGUAUUUGCUGAAAACCGAUACGGCAAGAGUACAGCAAUCACAUCUCCGAUUGUACUUGCACAGUAUCCAUUUAGCGCACCUACGGCUCCUGGAACACCUUUUGUGUCCAUUGUGACAAAGUACAGCAUGUUGGUUGAAUGGACACAUCCGGUCAAAGAUGGCGGUAGCCCUGUCACUGGCUAUCACCUGGAACGCAAGGAGAAAAACAGCAUUUUAUGGACAAAGAUGAACAAACUUGCGAUCAUUGACCCGCGUUUUAAAACCACCGGCCUGGAGGAAGGUAUUGAAUAUGAAUUCAGAGUCUUUGCUGAGAACAUUGCUGGACUCGGUCCAUCUAGCAAGAUAUCUGACUGCUAUGUGGCGAGAGAUCCAUGUGAGCCACCCGGUAAACCUGAAGCUGUUCUUAUUACAAAAGAGAACAUCACACUCCAAUGGGCUAAACCAGGGAACGACGGAGGGAGCGCCAUUACUGGUUACGUUGUAGAAAAGAAAGAACUUCCAGAUGGUCGAUGGAUGAAAGCAAACUUCACAAAUAUUAUUGAAAAUCAGUUCACAAUUACAGGCCUGACAGGAGGGCAAAGUUAUGAGCUCAGAGUAACCGCCAAAAAUGGCGCAGGUGUUUGGAGCAAACCAUCGGAAAGUAUAACUAUUUUUGCCGAGGAUGUUAUCGAAGGGCCUUCGGUCUUCAUAGACCCCAAGUUCAAGAGCACGACCGUUAUUCACGCCGGCGAAACAUUCACUAUUGAAGCUGAUUACUUCGGUAAGCCCCUCCCUGAUGUAAGAUGGCUGAAGGACGGCGAGGAAAUCAACAAAGCUACACCGAGAACAGAUGUGAAAAACACCUUAACUCAUACCACGCUCACAGUCCGCGACUCUAUACGAUCAGAUGGAGGACGUUAUAUCUUAAGUCUCGCUAACAUUGAUGGAACAAAAUCUAUCCAGUUUAAUGUAAAGGUGCUGGAUAAACCGAGUCCUCCGGAGGGACCUUUAAGAAUAAAAGCCAUCAGUGCUGAAAAAUGCAAUCUUUAUUGGAACCCUUCUUCAAAUGAUGGAGGCGCUACUGUUUCACAUUACAUUGUCGAAAAAAGAGAGACAAGCCGUGUCACCUGGACCGGCGUGGACCCCCAUGUGGAAGCUGUCAGUUACAAAGUGACAAAGUUAACACCAGGAAGAGAAUACAUAUUUAGAGUUUGUGCUGUGAAUAAAUUUGGCGUCGGUGAAUUUCUGGAGUCAGAACCAUUCAUGGCAGAAAAUCCUUUCAAAACACCCAGUGCCCCUUCUACACCUACCGCCGGUGCUGUGACUGCAGACUCCGCCCUGUUGACAUGGGAAAGACCUGAAGUAGACGGCGGCUCCGAGAUAGAUGGCUACAUCGUGGAGAAACGUGAUAAAGAGGGUGUCAGAUGGACUAAGUGCAACAGAAGAAGACUCAAUGACUUGCGUUUCCGAUGCACAGGCCUCAUUGACGGACAUUAUUAUCAGUUCAGAGUGUCGGCUGAGAAUGCGGCCGGUGUUGGUUCACCCAGUGAGCCGAGUGAUUAUAUCAAAGUGUGUGAAGCAUCAUACCCUCCUGGUCCGCCGAACAACCUCAAAGUGACGGAUCAUUCCUCCAGUACUGUGUCUCUAUCCUGGUCCAAGCCCAUCUAUGACGGCGGUGCUGCCAUUACUGGAUUUGUUGUUGACAUGAAAGAAUUAGCAGAAGACGAAUGGAUCACAUGCACACCCAAGACAGAAGAUACAAAGGACACCAUUAAAGGUCUGAGGCAAAAUGCUGAGUAUAACUUCCGAGUUCGUGCAAUAAAUUCCAACGGAAUUGGAGAACCGGUGGAGUUACUUGGAUCUGUUUUAGCAACUGAUAAACUGCAGCAACCUGAAAUUGAGCUGGACGCAGUUUUGCGAAAGAUAGUUAGCGUUCGAGCCUGUUCAACAUUACGUCUCAAUGUCACCGUCAGAGGAAGGCCGGAACCUGACGUCAAAUGGUCAAAGGAAGGUGGUCCUAUCAGUGAGCGUGCUCAAAUAGAAACAACAGGCUCCUACACGGUGUUGAUGAUAGAAAAUGUAAAUCGAAACGACACCGGGAAGUAUGAACUCACAGCUACAAACUGCAAAGGCUCCAAAUCGGCGUUUAUCAACGUGAGAGUGUUGGAUACACCCUGCGCGCCGACGAACCUACAAGUGAAAGAUGUACAAAAAGAUUCCGUGUCCAUCUCCUGGGAGGCACCGCUCAUCGACGGAGGAGCAAAGAUCUUACACUACAUUGUGGAAAAAAGAGAGGAAGCCAGAAAGGCAUUCACGAGUGUCUCUAGCAACUGUACAAGGAACUCGUUCAAGAUCGACAAUCUACAGGAGGGAUGUUUCUAUUACUUCCGUGUCUUGGCUGUGAACGAGUACGGAACUGGAUUAGCUGUGGAAACACAUGAGCCUGUUAAAGUAUCUGAAGCUCCUCUCCCUCCUGGGAAAAUCACAAUGACGGAUGUCACCGGUGACGGUGUCAAACUCUCAUGGGAAAAGCCAGAUCAUGACGGAGGAAGCAAAAUUACAUGUUAUGUUGUAGAGAUGCAAGCUAACGGAGAUGACGCGUGGGCAGUUUGUUCUGAGAGUAAAGCGCUGGAAGCGGUCAUUAAUGGACUGAUAAAAGGAAAGGAAUAUUUAUUUCGAAUUUUUGCAGUAAAUGAAAAAGGAAAAAGUGAACCUAAGCUCCUAUUGACGCCCGUUGCUGUAAAAGAUACAAAUGCUAAGCCUGUUAUUAAUUUGAUCUCCAGCACGUUCAGUGUGAAGGCAGGGAAUGACUUAAAAAUUGACGUUCCGUUCAAAGGUGCACCGCAGCCAACAGCAACCUGGAAGAAAGAUGGCAACAUUCUCAAGGAGACAAGCAGAGUAAACGUUUCUACAUUAGAUACAUCAUCUCAAAUCAGAAUCAAAGAUGCAACUAAGCUAGAUGUUGGCGUGUACGAGCUAACCGUGACCAAUUCCGUUGGAACAGCAUCUGCUGAAAUGUAUGUUAACGUUUUUGAAAGACCCGGACCGCCAUGCGACGUCACUGUGGAUGAAGUGAGCGCUGAUUAUGUGUCUUUGAUAUGGCAACCCCCGCAUUAUAGCGGGGGAUGUCAAAUUUCGAAUUAUGCGGUUGAGAAGAGAGACACAGGCAGCACGAUAUGGCAGACUGUGUCGGCGACCGUUGCUCGGACUUCUAUCAAAAUAACGCGUCUGACACAGGGAACCGAGUAUCAGUUUCGUGUCGCUGCAGAGAAUCGCUAUGGCAAAAGCUCCUUUGUUGAAUCCGAACCUGUUGUCGCCCGAUACCCAUUCAAAGUCCCCAGUCCGCCACUUGAUAUCGCUAUUGCAAGCGCCUCAAAGUCGACCAUGCUCGUUACAUGGAGCCCGCCAUGCAGUGACGGUGGCAGCCCGAUUAUCGGAUAUCACAUUGAAUCCAAGGAACAAAGUAGCAUUCUGUGGACUAAGCUAAACAGAGGUCCGUUAACUGAGAGCAGAUUCAAGGUUACAAGUAUCGAAGAAGGCCUUGUGUAUGAGUUUCGGGUUUACGCAGAGAAUAUUGCGGGUGUCGGAGCCUGCAGUAAAGCAUCUGAACUUGUAGCAGCGAGAGACCAGUGUGAUCCGCCACACAAUCUCACAGUCACAAAUAUAACCAACACUUCGGUUUCCCUCUCAUGGGAAAAACCACAAUAUGAUGGUGGGGCUAAAAUAACCAGUUACAUUGUCGAGCGCAAAGAGCUUCCUGAUAAUUGCUGGCUGAAGUGUAAUUUCACCAACUUGCUCGAUACCUUUUUGGAAGUGACCGGCCUCACAGAAGGCGAACAGUACGAUUUUCGCGUCAUUGCAAAGAACGCAGCCGAGCUCUUCAGCGCACCCUCUGCAAGUACCGGACCUGUCACUGUGCAGCAUGAUGUGGUGCCACCUAAAAUUAUCAUGGAGGAUAAAUUUAGACACGGUUUGGUUGUCAAAGUCGGUGACCUUCUAAGAAUAGAUGCUGACAUCUCCGGUCGCCCCAACCCUACGGUACUGUGGUCGAAGAAUGGCCUAACUAUUGGUACAAAGGGUAGGAUCGAGAUUACUGCAACAAAGGCACAUACUACUCUACUUAUCAGAGAAAGUGUAAGGAAAGACUCCGGACAGUACAUUCUGACUUUACUGAAUACUUGUGGUACAAUAUCUAAUACUAUUACAUGCAAGGUCUUAGACAGGCCGGGUCCUCCAGCUGGACCCUUAGAAGUGUCUGGACUUUCAGCAGAGAAAUGCACUUUGUCAUGGGGUCCCCCUCAUGAGACUGGCGGUGCAGAUAUAUUGUAUUACAUUGUUGAGAAAUGCGAAACAAGUCGUGUAGCCUGGAUACUUGUAUACGGCGACUUAAUGGCGACUACCUGCAAGAUAACCAAACUGCUCAAAGGCAAUGAGUACCUGUUUAGGGUGAGGGCGGUGAACAAAUACGGAGAAGGAGAGACUCUGGAAAGUGAUCCGAUCAAAGCAGCUGAUCCCUUCACCGUCCCGUCUGCUCCAAAUGAUGUUGAGGUCACAAGUGCGACGAGCGAAACGAUGACAAUCUGCUGGAAGAGACCAAUAUCCGACGGCGGUACUCGAAUCAGCGGGUACAUCGUGGAAAAGCGGGAGAAGCAGGGCGUUCGUUGGUUACGUGUCAAUAAGAAAACCGUCUAUGACUUACGUGUCAAAGCCUCUGGCCUACACGAAGGAUGUGAAUAUGAAUUUAGGGUUUUUGCCGAGAACGCUGCAGGGAUAAGCGAUCCCAGUCUACCAUGUCCACUAACUAUGGCAGAAGAUCCAAAGUUUCUGCCUUCCCCUCCUGCAAAGCCUACAGUCACUGAUUCCACCAAGUCCUCAAUCACCCUAUCAUGGAACAAGCCACUGUUUGAUGGUGGUGCACAAGUCACUGGGUACAAAGUUGAAUUCAGAAAAUCCGGAGAAGAAACCUGGGCAGUUUGCGUCCAAAACACAGAAAAAACAGACUUUAAAGUAGCUGGGCUCACUUCAGGGACAGAAUAUGUAUUUGUUGUUCGAUCUAUAAAUAAAGUAGGCAUCAGUGAACCAAGUCCUGAAUCAGAUCCCCAAGUGGCUAUGGACAGAGAAGAGGAACCCAGGUUCGACAUUAGCACUGAGAUGAAGAAGACCCUGCUUGUUAAAGAGGGCAGCUCAUUCACUUUCAAUGUGCCUUUCACUGGCAAACCCGCUCCCAGUGUGACAUGGGAAAAAUCCGAUGUAGAUUUAAGAAUCAGAGGAAUCAUAAACACUACGAACUCUGUCGCAUCCAUCACUCUGGAAAAAGUGACUCGCGACGACUCCGGUAAAUACAUAGUCAAACUGCAAAAUAGUAUCGGGGACACCUCUUUGGCUUUAAGUGUGAGAGUUUUGGAUUCCCCUGGCCCUCCAACACAUUUAGAGGUUAAAGACGUGACUAAAAACUCCGUCACUGUUACCUGGGACAUUCCUGACAACGAGGGAGGAGCCUCUGUGAAGACUUAUCUUGUGGACAUAUUGGACAUCAGCAGAAAAGGUUGGACGAGACUCACUGACAGAUGCCACAGAUUGUCCUACAAGGUGUCUGACCUGAAAGAGGGCGGGAUCUAUUACUUCAGAGUCACUGGCGAAAAUGAGUUUGGCGUCGGUGUCUCGGCUGAGACCAAGGAAGGAACAAAAACAACAGAUGCAAGAGACUGGGAAACAAAUCCUGGAGCAUAGCUGUCUUUUUUCCAGAGUUCAGCUCUUCAGUCUUUCAUCGGCGGGACAUUCUUCUUGAGGAAAAAGUUGUUACGACGCGAAAGUCGUAAAUUUACGAGAAUUUAACAUUCAUUCAUUCAUUCAUUUAUUUUCUACCGCUUUUUCCUCACGAGGGUUGCGGGGGGUGCUGGAGUCUAUCCCAGCUGUCUUUGGGCGGGGUACACCCUGGGCACAUACAGACAAACAACCAUUCACACUCACAUUCAUACCUAUGGACAAUUUGGAGUCGCUAAUUAACCUAGCACGUUUUUGGAAUGUGGGAGGAAAUGCACGGGGAAUAACAUGCAAACUCCACACAGAGAUGGCCUAGGGUGGAAUUGAACCCUGGUCUCCUAGCUGUGAGGUCUGCACGCUAACCACUAGUGUUUUUAAUUGUACUUUUUAUUGGGUAUUGUUUGAAUAUGUUUUGUUUUUAUUGGCUGUUUUUAAGGCACUUUGGGGAGUUGAACUGUUGAAAAUGUGCUAUAGAAAUAAAUUGGAUCUUGACCUUGGGAAUAAAGUUGUAAAUUUACAAGAAAAGGGUCGUCAAUUUACAACUUUAUUCUUGAAAUUUUAAAUUAUGUUUCUUUUUUUACGACAAAGUAUUGAAAUAAAGAUUUUCAGAAUAAACUCGUACAUUUACAA